ACGCAAACCAAUUUCAUUUACAAGCGCUAGAACAUAACAAGUAGCAGGCGUAUUUGAUGAGUUAAAGAACAAAUAAAAAUAAAAACUAGGGGCAGCAAUUGGGUAAUGCAAGUGCGGAACCAAGUUCCUGCCUUGUCUCUUGACGUCACAAACCCGGAAAUAAUGCUGAUACGCUGCCUGUACCCUCGAGCAGAACACCGGUUUCUUGGUCUCAUCGCAGCAGAUGGUAGUGCUCCCUUAGCAACUCACGAGACAUGCUGCUGUUGCUGCUGCUGCUAGGCCUCCUGGUGCUCUUCUGCACUGUGGACGUGUGGUAUUUCCUGCGGGCAGUGCAAGUGAUGAUCCAAUCCUUGUUCCAGCCACGCAUAGAUGAUGUGCUGGCAGAGCAACGCGUCGACGGCGUGGUCCUCCCUCAUGACGUGGACUACAAGGGCCACAUGAACAACUCGCGCUACCUGCGCGAGUGUGACUUUGCCCGUUUCCACCACUACAUGCGCAAUGGGCUCUUCAUGGCCUUGUGCAGGAUGGGGGCUAAGAUGGUGAUCGGGGCCUCCACCAUCCGCUACCGGCGUUCCUUGGCGUUUGCCGAGACGUUUGAGAUCCGCACCAGAGUGCUGGGCUGGGACGACAAGGCCUUCUACCUGGAGCAGCGCUUCGUGUCCAAGAAGGACGGCUUUGUGUCUGCUGUGUUGCUCUGCAGGCAGAAUGUGGUGCACAGCAGCCCUGAGGAGAUUGUUGAGUUUGUCUGCAAAAAGAAGAUCCAAUGUCCUCUGCUGGGCGAGGAUGUGAAGCACUGGAUCAACUUCAUUUCAGCCAACAGCCAAGCCCUGAGGGCCGAGAGUGGACUGGUGCAGAAGAAGGACGAAUGAACGCAUGCAUAUCGUUAGCAAUACAAACACGGUAGAGGACCAUCCCAGGCCUCAUGAUAUUUCCUUUUCCCAGUUUGUUACGAAUAUUAUUUUUUCCGGCGUAUAUGAUGUACUACGGAGAUAUGAUCAUGAAAGUGAGCGAUACGUUCACACAGGCAUGCGGAAGCAACUUGAUCUCCUGCCAAGACAGGAGAAUGUGUGCGCACUUCUGAGGAGUUGGUUGUCCAGUACUUGAUACAAAGAAAUUGCACAAAAAAAACUUCCCAUAGAGAAACGUCAAUAUUUUAUCAUGAAGGGAUCAUUUGCCGUUUUAACGGGUGGUAUUUAAAACUGUUAAUGUAAUGUUGCAGGCAACUUUGAAUGACAAUGCAGUACGCAGAUAAUAUAAUUUAUUUAUAAACCUUGCACUUCAUCUUCUGACCAAAAUAUGAUUAUUAACAUUGAGAUAUUUGAAUGUUGUUUAUGUUAUGAAUGGACUGAUUGAUGACAGCCACUCGUUGACUUGUUAGGUUUAUCUUAAAUUAUUUAUGGAAUGAAGCCGUGUACAGUCAAACCUCGGCUUUCGAACGUCCGGGUUCUCGAACAAAUCGGAAUUCAAACGAAAGAUUCGAGAUUUUUCUGCUUCGGUUGUCGAACAAAAUUCGGAGGCUGAACCUCGCGAGAUGAGCCGAAAGGACCCAAGAAAACCCGCGCGCGCGGCCCGGAUGCCGACUGACUCAGUUCCUUAUUGUAUUUUCGUUACUUUUAGGAUUAUAUUCCCCCCUAAUCAUGCCUCCAAAGAAAGCAAGUGGGAGCAGUAAAGCCAUCCUAAAACACAAAGACGCUCUUAAAGCAAUGCGAAAGUGAGCGCCCGGCGUGUUGCGGUUGCGCGACCGGACCAAAUUAAGCUCCCUGCGCACGGAGGUCCACUUAAAAUUUGGAAAGUACAUCAGGGCGUUAAAAAUAUUUUCUAAAUUUCAGCGACUGCUCUCUCACAAUAAUGCGACCAGAGCGGUGCAGUUGUGCGAUCGGACAAAAAUGCGCAAAUGAAAAAAUGCUUAAAAAAGGCGGGGUUUUUUUGUCUUGGAACGGAUUAAAUUUUUUUCCAUUAUUUGUAAUGGGAAAAAUAGAUUCGGAAUUCGACCGAUUCACUUCUCGAACUGCCUUCUGGAACGGAUUGUGGUCGAAAACCGAGGUUUGACUGUACAAUAAAAGUAUGUUGGUUGUGUCUAAUGGCAUUUUCAAAUGAAUACAAUCGAAAUUAGGGCUGAAUGAAAUCUAAUUGCGACAGAAAUUUUACGAUUGCUAUAUAAUGUACGAUUCUCCUCUUAGCAUGUAUUUAUUUUAUUUUUUACAAGAGAGGCGGAGUACACUGUAAAUCGGUCGCCAGCCAAUCACACUCUUAUGGACAAGUAGUCAUGCUUGUUUCUACAAUGUUGGGAAGACAGAGUGCCUCAGAUUAACAACAUAGAGGAGGCGUUUAUUAAAUGUUGUGGCCAUAUCAGGCUGAGGUAUUCCUUAUAUGUCUACUCAAAAAUAUUAGACAAUAAAACAAGACAAACAAAA